AGCCUAGCAACUACAACUCCUCACAAGCCUCAUAAGCCAGCAGCAAUAUUUGCCAGAUUCUCUCACAUUCCCAUCAAAAUUUCAUCACUUCAAAGUUCAAACACUACCCAAGAUCACUAACUAGCUCUGUUUUGUGCUUUAAAGAUCUUUGGUACCCACAUUUUACACUAAUCAGCACAACUAGUUACAUUGAAAAGAGUCUGUCAAAGACCCAUAACCGGCUUCAAAAUUUUGGGAUUAAGGUCUGAUUGUUGUUAUUGUUAAUACUUGUUCAAUCGUGGUUCUUGAGGCUCAAUGGAUCGCAUUGUGAAAAUUGCAUCGCAAAAGGCAGUGGUGAUCUUCAGCAAGAGCUCAUGUUGCAUGUGCCAUGCAAUUAAAAGACUAUUUUAUGAGCAAGGAGUCAGCCCAGCAAUUCAUGAACUUGAUGAAGAUUCUAGAGGAAGAGAAAUGGAGUGGGCUCUGAUGCGACUAGGGUGCAACCCUUCAGUUCCAGCAGUGUUCAUUGGGGGUAAAUUUGUGGGCUCAGCUAAUACGGUCAUGACCCUUCAUUUGAAUGGUACUCUAAAGAAAAUGCUCCGAGAAGCUGGAGCUUUAUGGCUUUAGCAACAUUUUCCUUCACAACCCUAGUACUAAAUGUUCCAAAUAAGGUUAACUCAGUUGGUUUUUCUUUUCUUUUCCUUUUUUUUUCCCUACUUUUUUCACUUAGACCCCGCGGCUCCUGCAAGUACAUUGUAUGGAAAAUAAUCUAUAUGUAGAGUCUGAAAUGUAGUUUCUAUAUGAAAUUCUCAGUUUUACGUGAAAACUUGUAUUAAG